AUGGACACAUCGACAGAGGAACAGUGGACAUGGGAAGAUGAAGAGGCUUUUGAUGAAGAUUCGGGGGAGGAUGAACUUUACAGUUCUGGGGAGGAAUGGGGUGUCGAUGGUGGUUAUGCAGAGGGAAGCGUGGAUUCGGAAUUGGAAGAGGCGUUUGAGGAGAGAAUGGAUAUCCUCCUCGAUGCUGAUGAGACAUCUGACUCGUUACUGAACGGGACCUUCUCAGACGGAAGACCCUCACCUUCAAUCCCUUCAACUCCUCCUUCAGCGAGACGUGGUGCCAGCCCUAGAAAGCGCCCUUGGCAAGCCCCAACCUCAACACCUAGCCCUUCUGCAAAGCGUAGGCUCUCGCAUAGCAUGCUCAGCCCUUCAAAGCAACCACCCUCAGAUGGGACUGAGAUGCCGUGGAACAAUGCGAACACCAAAGACGUGGAGCCUCCGCCAUUCAUAUUCCGACCCAAGCGAACUCCAGGACCACAGCUGGAGCCUCAGAUGGAUUACCGUCCAUUGGACCUGUUCCAGCUGUUCUUCAGCAAGGAGGUGGUCAAAACACUGUGCAAACAUACCAAUUUGUACGCAGCGCGAAAGACAGCAGAGGGACGACGCAUGAAAUGGGUGGACGUCGAGGUGGAUGAGAUGUACCGGUACCUAAGCCUCAUCAUAUAUCAGGGCUUGGUGAAGACGUCGUGUCUACAUGACCCGUGGAGGAAGGACCGGUUAUACAGGCUCCCCUUUCCCCAUUCCGUCAUGACUGGUAAACGAUACCAUGCCAUCAGCGCUUCCCUGCAUAUGAGUGACCCAGCUGUAGAUGCGGAAAAUGACAAGAUGAAGGGCCAGCCUGGGUACGAGGCUCUUUGCCGCCUCCAGCCGCUGCACGACGACAUCCUCACAGCCUGCCGGGCGUACUUCCACCCACGCCAGAACCUCUCGGUGGACGAGAGGAUGGUGGCCUCCAAGGCCAGGAUCCGAUUUAAGCAGUACAUAAAGAACAAACCCACAAAAUGGGGAUUCAAGUUGUUUGUCCUGGCUGACAGCUCAAACGGCUACACCUGUGAUUUCUCCAUUUAUGGGGGGAAGACGAGAGCAACAUCGGGACAGGGCCUCGGCUUCGACGCGGUGGUGAAUUUGCUCCACGUGCCUUCUCUGGGAACAGGAUACAACGUGUACGUGGACAACUUCUACACCAGCUCAAAGCUCUUCCUCCACCUGCGUGCGAUGAGCUACGGAGCUUGUGGAACCAUGCGGCAAAACCUGCGCGACAUCCCACAGACGCAGACAAACGCCCUGCCCAGGAACGCCGCCCGCGGGGACAUGCGCUGGAUCAGGGACGGGCCGCUGCUAUUCGUGAAGUGGAAGGAUGCGCGUGACGUUGCCAUGUGCUCCACCAUCCACAAGGCCUGGGGCGGCCAGACCGCGCAACGCCGCAUAAAGGACAAGGACUCGGGGAAGUGGUUGGCGCAUCAAGUUCCCGUCCCCGAGCCAAUCACCGAGUACAACAAGUUCAUGGGAGGGGUGGACCUGUCGGAUGCCCUCAUCAAGUACUACUCCGUCACGCAGAAGACCAUGCGGUGGUACAUGAAGCUCUUCCUCCAUUUUCUGGACAUCGCCGUGGUGAACAGCUUCAUCCUCUACAAAGAGAUGGCGCUGGCCCGCGGUGAGAAGAACCCUCCCAAGCAGAAGGCCUUCCGGGAGGAUCUUUGCCGCCAGCUGGCUGACUAUGGGAAACUGCUGGCGCCCGAGUCUGAGCCACCGUUGGCCGCCUUGCCCCACAGAGCAGAAGACAAGAAACUGCUACGGUGCUUCCCUGUUCCUACUGUGGAGACGCUGUGCCCUGAUCCGACAUGGAAGUCGACGAAGGGUAGAAGGAAAUGCGUGCUCUGCAAAAAACAGACCAUAUAUAAGUGCAGGUCGUGCGAUGUGGCGCUUUGCUUAAUCGUGGACAGGCUGUGUUUCACUGCGUGGCACGAUGAAAAGGAUAUGAAAGAAGCAGAAAAACAGAAAAACACAGAAAAAGAGGCGUUAGCAAGGAGCGAUGAUUGA